AUGUUUGUUCUCAUCUGGUCAACUCUGUUGUUCUCUGUAAGAGGCAGCAAUGCUGACAAAGUUACCUCAGUCUGGGGACGACAACACUGUGUUGGAAGUUACUGUGUGACUCCCAGUGAGCGAGAACUAACAGCAGAGGCUGGACUCUGUGUUGUGAUCCCGUGUUCUUUCACUACUGCUAAAUAUUUUACAGCCAAACAUACAGUUUGGUACAAAUGUGAAGCAUCUAAAAAAAGAUGUAGUGAUGCUGACAUAAUAUUUUACAGCAACAAAAACACAGACAAAAAAGCUCAGUCUGGGUUUGAAGGACGAGUCUCACGUUUGGAGCCUGAUGUGAGUCAGAAAAACUGCAGCAUCAUCAUUAAUGAUCUGAAAGAGUCUGAUUCAGGAUCAUAUCAGCUCAGAGUUACUGGUGUACGGAACAGAACACAAGAUGUAUUCAUAUUUAAUCAGAGAGUGACUGUUAUAGUUAAAGGAGCAGGAGGGACUGAAUCUUACAUUACAGGAAACAGCACUGAUUACAAGACUGAGAAUCUAACUAAUGUUACACGGAGACACAUCUCAACUUUGACCUUUAACCCUUCAGCUGAACACCACAACACCAAUGUCACCUGUAAAAUCCACUUCACAAGUGACGUGACUGCAGAAAAGACUUCAGAUGUGAAGGAGGUUAACAUCACUGGUGUUACAACUGUCAGAGACGGUGAGUCUCUGAAUCUGACCUGCAAUGUUCACAGUUUCCCUCCAUCUCUGAUUAUUUGGUCUAAACUUGGUUCCAAUGAAAAGCUUCACGCUGACACUGGAUCACCCAAUCUUGUCAUCACCAAUGUAACAGCAGGAGAUGCUGGACAGAACUCAAGAAAAAAGAUGAAACCAAAGGAGGAAGAGCAAACAUACAUGUCCCUGCAGAAAACAGACGGAUUAUCAGAAUAUGAUGUUAUUUGCCAGUCUCUGAAUUAG